AUGGAAGGUGGGGCCCGAGAGCAAGGCUGCCUGCUCGUUCAUGAAGUCUGCCAGGAGCACUGUGUUUGUGAGGCUGCAUUUGUCUGCUAUCGUUUUUAUUGCGUGAGAAUCCAGAUUGUGCUUUUCUUGGGCUCGAAUCCUGAUGUCUGGAGCUUUGCGAACCAAUCGUCUUCUGACAGGUCAGCUGCCACUCGUGUCAGUGAUUUGGCCGUCAUGAUUGGACGAAUCUCGGGAAAGUCGAGCUCGAAAACGUUACUGUCUUUCAAGCAGCUCAAGCGGUAUGACCGUGCGUCCAUUCCUGCGGGUCGAGAGGUUAAAACUAAAGACGACAUGUUUGUCGACCCACAUGUAAUUUCUUGGAGUAGAACAACCUGGGCCCCACAACCGUCGGGCGAACUCAGAGCCUCCUCGAGUUUCGAGUCGAACCAAAGUGUCCGAACGGCGAGAAUCACCCCUGAAAUCUCCCGUGCAUUGUUGAGCCGGUCCCUCUUGAUCUUCUCGUGUGUGGCUCUGAGGGUCGUUGAUCACCCGCCGCCACAAUGCUCGGCCGGCCGCCGUCUGGCAGGCAGACCUUCGGGUCGGAUCCCACUCGGCCUCGAUGGCCGCAUGAAGGGCUCUCAACGUGCCGCUGCUCAACAACUCAGGGAAAAGAGAAGGUAAUGAGAGAGUCCACGAUCACCACCAAUUCAUAUCCUCUCCUUCUAUAUAUGAAAAGGUCCUCCUUUUUUCUCUCUUUCUUUUUAUUCCCCUUUCUCUAAGACUAUUUCUCUAUGUGGGUCCACAUGUCUUUAUAGCUACGUACAAUUUGUUAGGCCAAAAAAAAUACAGUCUAAAUGCAGGUUUUAAGUCAUUUUAAUGUCCACGUCCUCUCAUAAAGACCUCAAAUUAAGACUAGUUUGCGGAGUUAGAAAAAAAAAAAAGG